ACAAAGUUACAGAAGUCCUGACGGCUGGUUUUAAGGCUCAGUUUCUGAAUACAGGCUGUAUGCAUUUCUCUGUGGACGAUACUUUCACAGUGUUAAUAUAGAAUCUAGACCUGCUUUAUAAUGAAACAACACAUGGACAUCUACCUUUAUACAACGUGGGACCUUUUAAUAAGGAAGAAACCUCAGGAAGAGCAGGAUGGAAGUUGUUGUGUGUGCAGAAAAGACCAAAAUAUUAAAAUUACAAUGCAGACAAUAAGGAUGACAAAAUUAGAUGGACUGUAAACUUAGAAAUUCAGUUUUUUUACAUUAAAAACAGUGAAAUCAGUUCUUGUUUUGGCACGAAGUAAUAACAGUAGGGAUGAAAAUAGUGAAGAGGCUGAGUGAAGUAAGUUUCAUAACGGGAGCAUCAUGGCUACACACCUCCUGCACCCCGCACACUGUGCUGCACUGAGCGCCCAGCGUGUGUGUGUACUGUAUGUACCCUGUGAGAAGUCUUAUCCUUCCUUUCUCUCUCUUUAUCUCUCAGCCGUAGCCAGCUGGUGCUGAGCAGAGGUAUUCAUCCAUCCCUACUCCCUCCCUUUAUUUCUCCUGCUGUCCUAGCUGCUCUCUCUACCUCUCUCUGCCCCCUCCUUUCUCAAGCCUCCCUCCUCCUCCUCCUCCUCCUCCUCCUCCUCCUAUCAUCUCAACCUCUUUUCCACUGUCAUUUCCCUGCCGUUCAUAUGUCCCGGUGAGACGUCACGGACUGUGCUUGUGUGUGUGUGUGUGUGUAUGUACAUAGAGGAUGGCUCAGUGCUCAGGUGCAGGCGGCCGGCUCUGGGAACCAGUCAAGCAGGCAGCAGGACCAAUCUAUUUACCCAGACAGCAGAGCUCUCUGCUGGGUUAGGGGCUGGAGCUUUAGCCCCUUCUUGGAUCUCCAACCCUGGAACGGUAUUAUUAUAUCUGUAAAUGAGCUGUUUUUAUACAUUAUUCUUAAUCAAGAGGACAAUUUCACCAGACUGUGGAUCAUUUAAAUAUAUUGUUUUUGUAUUUGCUUCCAUUGGCACUUAUUUUGCACUUUGAGCGCUGAGCAGUGGAAGCAGCUGUAUUCUCAGCGUUGGAUCUUGAGGAGGUGAAACAGAGGAACAUGUCCUGUGUCUGUCCUGCCCCAAGCUGGACCUUUGCACUGCACAGUGUGGAUAGCUGCUGAGGGAGAUACGGAACAAAAGGAAGAGGGAAGUCUUGAAAACGAGGAGAAGGAAAAUCCAUCCCAGACAUACUCCCUCUCUCACACCUGUGAGGACUCCCUCUCUGACAAGAGCACAGCCGAGGAGAGGAGGAACUAAACAAAAAAAAAAAGAAGAUAAUUAGGAGCUAAGAAGAAAGGGAGACUUUGAGUCCAUCCCUCCAUUCAUCCCUCCUUCUCCUGUUUCACACCUGUGAGGAUUAAUUGGACUGGAGCAGCAUGGCGCACGCCGCCUCGCAGCUGAAGAAAAAGGCGGAUGAGAACCUCAACGCUGCGGAGGAUGAGAAGGAGAAGAAGAAGGCGAGGAAGCGUUCCCGCGAAGUGAAGAAAAAGACGGACGUAAACGCCUGUUAUCUGCGAGCAGCUCGGGCCGGGAACCUAGAGAAAGCUCUGGACUACCUGAAGAAUGGAGUCGACAUCAACAUUUGCAAUCAGAAUGGUCUGAACGCUCUCCAUCUGGCCUCGAAGGAGGGCCAUGUGGAAGUGGUGGCUGAGCUCAUCAAGCAGGGCGCCAAUGUGGACGCAGCUACCAAGAAAGGAAACACAGCGCUCCACAUAGCUUCUCUCGCCGGGCAGUCGGAGGUGGUGAAGGAGCUCGUCACCCACGGAGCCAACGUCAAUGCACAGUCUCAGAAUGGCUUCACUCCGCUGUACAUGGCGGCACAGGAGAAUCACUUGGAGGUGGUGCAGUUUCUAUUGGACAACGGCUCCAGCCAGAGCAUCGCCACUGAGGAUGGUUUCACUCCCCUGGCGGUGGCGCUGCAGCAGGGCCAUGACCAAGUGGUUUCCCUCCUACUGGAAAAUGACACCAAGGGGAAGGUCCGCCUCCCGGCGCUGCACAUCGCCGCACGCAAAGAUGACACCAAGGCCGCCGCCCUCCUCCUCCAGAACGACCACAACGCUGAUGUGGAGUCAAAGAUGAUGGUGAAUAGAACAACAGAGAGCGGCUUCACUCCUCUGCACAUUGCGGCUCACUAUGGCAACAUCAAUGUAGCGACGCUGCUGCUGAACAGAGGGGCAGCUGUGGACUUCAAGGCGAGGAAUGACAUAACACCGCUGCACGUAGCAUCCAAACGUGGGAACAGCAACAUGGUGCGACUGCUGCUGGAAAGAGGGGCCAAGAUAGAUGCACGGACCAAGGAUGGUCUGACUCCUCUCCACUGUGGAGCCCGGAGCGGUCAUGAGCAGGUGGUGGAGAUGCUGCUGGACAGAGGAGCUCCAAUACUGUCAAAGACCAAGAACGGUUUGUCUCCCCUCCACAUGGCGACACAGGGCGACCACCUCAACUGCGUCCAGCUGCUGCUGCACCACGAGGUGCCUGUGGACGACGUGACCAACGACUACCUGACUGCGCUGCACGUAGCCGCCCACUGCGGACACUACAAGGUGGCAAAGGUCAUUGUGGACAAGAAGGCCAACCCCAACGCCAAGGCACUGAAUGGUUUCACUCCCCUGCACAUCGCCUGCAAGAAAAACAGAGUCAAGGUGAUGGAGCUGCUUCUGAAGCAUGGAGCAUCCAUACAGGCAGUCACUGAGUCUGGUCUGACUCCGAUCCACGUAGCAGCUUUUAUGGGACAUGAAAACAUCGUCCACCAGCUGAUCAGCCACGGGGCUUCACCAAACACAAGCAAUGUGAGGGGGGAGACAGCACUCCACAUGGCAGCGAGAGCAGGACAGUCAAAUGUGGUCCGAUAUCUGGUCCAGAACGGAGCUCGAGUGGAUGCCAAGGCCAAGGACGACCAGACUCCAUUGCACAUCUCUAGCCGCCUCGGUAAACAAGACAUAGUUCACCAGCUGCUGGCUAACGGAGCGUGCCCAGACGCCACCACCAACUCCGGAUACACACCUUUACACUUGGCCGCCAGGGAGGGACACCGAGACAUCGCUGCAGCACUGCUGGACCAAGGAGCGAGUCUGGGCAUCACUACUAAGAAGGGCUUCACUCCUUUGCACGUUGCAGCAAAAUACGGGAAGAUUGAGGUCGCCAACCUGCUGCUGCAGAAAAGUGCUCAGGCUGACGCUGCUGGGAAGAGUGGACUAACUCCACUGCAUGUGGCAGCACACUAUGAUAACCAGAAGGUGGCGCUGCUCCUGCUCAACCAGGGAGCCUCGCCGCAUGCUGCUGCAAAGAACGGUUACACACCGCUCCACAUUGCAGCCAAGAAGAAUCAGAUGGAGAUAACCACCACAUUACUGGAGUACGGCGCCUCCACAAACACAGUAACACGCCAGGGAAUCACUCCUCUGCACCUCGCAGCGCAGGAGGGCAACGUGGACAUAGUGACGCUGCUGCUGGCUCGAGACGCUCCUGUUAACAUGGGCAAUAAGUCUGGUCUGACUCCACUCCACCUGGCUGCCCAGGAGGAUAAAGUCAACGUUGCUGAGGUCUUAGUCAACCAGGGGGCUACUAUAGACCCUGAGACCAAGCUGGGAUACACUCCUCUUCAUGUGGCCUGUCACUAUGGCAACGUGAAAAUGGUCAACUUCCUGCUGAAAAAUCAGGCAAAGGUCAACGCUAAGACCAAGAACGGUUACACUCCUCUCCAUCAGGCUUCACAGCAGGGACACACACACAUCAUCAACCUGCUGCUACAUCAUGGAGCAUCGCCCAACGAACUCACAGCUAAUGGGAAUAGUGCUCUGUCCAUUGCCAGGAGGCUCGGCUACAUCUCUGUAGUUGACACACUCAAAGUGGUCACAGAAGAAACUCUGACCACUCAGACUGUGACAGAGAAGCACAAGAUGAAUGUCCCGGAGACCAUGAACGAGGUGCUGGACAUGUCCGACGAUGAAGUCCAUAAAGCCAAUGUCCCCGAAAUGAUCACAGAGGAGUAUUUUUCUGAUGUGGAAGAAGAAAUGGAUGUUGGAAAUAUCUGCAUCAGCUAUUCCUGUGACGAUGCAAUGACGGGGGACACGGACAAAUAUUUGGCCCCGCAGGACCUGCGGGAGCUGGGGGACGACUCGCUCCCUCAGGAGGGCUACAUGGGCUUCAGUGUCGGUGCACGGUCACAAAGCCUGCGUUCCUUCAGUUCUGAUAGGUCCAACACGCUGAACCGGAGCUCGUUCACUCGCGACAGCAUGAUGAUAGAGGAGAUGCUGGCCCCCAAUAAGGAGAUGCAUUUGGCGGUGGCUAAGGACUUUGACAGCGAGUCUCUGAGGAGGUACAGCUGGACUGCAGAUGCACUGGAUAAUGUCAACCUAGUCUCCUCACCAAUACACUCCGGGUUCCUGGUCAGCUUCAUGGUCGACGCCAGGGGCGGCUCCAUGAGAGGAAGUCGUCACAACGGCAUGCGCAUCAUCAUCCCGCCGAGAAAGUGCACGGCGCCCACCAGGAUCACCUGUCGACUGGUCAAGAGGCACAAACUGGCGUCACCUCCUCCGAUGGUGGAAGGAGAAGGCCUGGCCAGCCGACUGGUCGAGGUCGGUCCGGCAGGAGCUCAGUUCCUCGGGCCUGUGAUAGUGGAGAUCCCUCAUUUUGGCUCGAUGCGGGGCCAGGAGAGAGAGCUGAUCCUGCUGCGCAGCGACAACGGAGAAACCUGGAAGGAGCAUCUGUACGACUGUAAGACUGAUGACCUCAACCAGCUCCUCAAUGGGAUGGAUGAAGAACUGGACAGUCCUGAGGAGCUGGAGAGGAAGAGGAUCUGCCGCAUCAUCACCAAGGACUUCCCACAGUACUUUGCUGUAGUGUCAAGGAUCAGACAGGAAACCAAUCAGAUGGGACCAGAAGGCGGGACUCUAUGCAGCCGGAGCGUCCCGUUGGUUCAGGCCUCUUUUCCUGAGGGGGCGUUAACCAAGAAGAUCAAAGUUGGACUGCAGGCCCAGCCAGUACCUGAUGAUACCGUGAAGAAAAUCCUUGGUAACCGGGCAACCUUCAGCCCGAUCGUUACCGUGGAGCCCAGGAGACGGAAGUUUCACAAACCCAUCACCAUGACAAUCCCAGUCCCGCCCCUCUCAGGGGAGGGCCUUACCAACGGCUACAAAGGAGACUGUACUCCCUGCCUCCGCCUUCUCUGUAGCAUUACAGGUGGUACGUCCCCAGCACAGUGGGAAGACAUCACAGGCACAACUCCUCUCACCUUCGUCAACGACUGCGUCUCCUUCACUACCAAUGUUUCUGCCAGGUUCUGGUUGGCAGACUGCCACCAGAUCCCAGAGACGGUGGCUCUGGCCACACAGCUCUACAGGGAGCUGAUCUGUGUGCCCUACAUGGCCAAGUUUGUGGUGUUUGCAAAGAUGAAUGACCCAGUGGAGUCCAGACUGAGGUGCUUCUGUAUGACAGACGACAAGGUGGAUAAGACCCUGGAGCAGCAGGAGAACUUUGAGGAAGUGGCCAGGAGCAAGGACAUAGAGGUUCUGGAGGGCAGGCCCAUCUAUGUGGACUGCUAUGGAAACUUGGCUCCUCUGGCCAAAGCUGGUCAGCAGUUAGUUCUUAACUUCUACGCCUUCAAGGAGAACCGCUUGCCCUUCUGCGUCAAGGUGAGAGACCCGAGCCAGGAAGCCUGCGGUCGUCUCACUUUCCUUAAAGAGUGUAAGACCAUAAAAGGCCUUCCACAAACCGCCGUGUGCAACCUGAACAUCACACUUCCAGCAGUGAAAAAGGAAAUGGAGUCAGAUGCCGAGGAUGAGACUGAAAAGCCAGAGCGACGUCAUACCUUUGCAUCCCUAGCCUUACGUAAGCGCUACAGCUAUCUGGCCGAGCCUGCACUGAAAACAGCAGUUGAGCGAAGCACAGCAGCAAGAACACUGCCUGCUGGUUACCCUCACAAACCUGUCUUUCCAACCAGACCUUACCCACCAUGGUCGACUGCUCCUAUUACCGUCCCUGGCCAAACAAGGCCAGGAGUGGGGGGUUCCGUCGCCUCUACCGAUUCACCGGCAGGCUCACCAGCUGCUUCUCCAUUGAAAUCUACCUGGCCCCUCUCCUCCCCGUCACCUGCAUGCCCUGCAACUAUCAAAGCCACCCUUGGAGCUCCACCACCAGUACCUACCCUGUCAUCCCCAGUUAAAUCAAUUAGCGACAUAGUGUCCUCAUCCCCCAUCAGGUCUUACAGGACUAUGCCUUCACCCAUUAAAACCGUUGUCCAGCAGGGUCAAUACCCUGUCCAGGCAUCUGCCAGCCUUGUGUCCUCUGGAAGCCCAUGUAAACCUGCCACAGAUCCAGCAUCCAUCAAGAACCUUGCUUCGGCAUACACAUCAAGGACUUCCCCACUUCACUCAAUAUCCAAUGGUCCUGUGCCAGAGAGGUCAUCAGCUCCUAUUACUGCUCCUGCAUCGCCAAAGACACCUUACAACAUGUACAAUGCUAAUCUGCCUUUUAAAACUGCCCUUGGGUCCACAGUUGUGACAGAUGCAGUGGCACCUAACCUUCCUUCUGGUAAAAGCAUAUCCAGCCUGUCCUCUUUGAAAACCUCUGUAGAUUCAACACUCUCAUCCCGAGGAGGGAGAACAUCCCUUUCGUCUCUCUCUUCAACUGGGCAGACAACCAUUGCUUCCUCAGAACUGUCCAUGAUGAACGGAUCAGUAUCACCUGUCAAAUAUCCAUCCUCUUCGUCCACGCCAUCCUCCCCUUCUUCUCGUCUUAUCUCUGAGAGGAGUAGCAGCCUUCAGGAGAGGAUUCAGGCUACCACCCAAGCAGCAACAUCUGGUGUUAGUGCAGCCAUAAAUGAAGCUAUAGACUCAUACUCAGUCUCAGGCUACGGCACUCUUAAAACACAGUCCUCCUCACGUAGAUCUGCAACAGCAAGCUCUGCUUACGGUUCCAUGAGAUCUGUAGUUGCUUCCCCCAGUUCAGCAGUUUCAUCUAAUACGGUGACUGUACCUGUGUACUCAUUAGUAAACGUCAUCCCAGAGACCCCUGUCAAACCAGGGCCAGGGUCUCUCAAAAUGGCAUUGCCUGAUUCCCCUCGUCCCUCAUCCUCGUCAUCUUCCUCUCUGUCUUCCUGUGUUACCACAUCAAAAAUAAAUUCCCAAUUGAAAUCCCCCCCGUUCAUCACACCACCUAUUAUCCACCCAACAGCAGCCUCCAACCAGGAAAUACUAAAAGAUGUAGCAGACAUGAAAGAGGAUCUGAUCAGAAUGUCAGCAAUCCUACAGACAGACACACAGACAGCAGCCAAAACUGUCCAAACAUCAAAUACUGGCACUCCCAAAGAGACCAAGUUAGAGGAUGAAGAGCCAUUUACUCUAGUUGAGAAAGUGAAAGAAGAUUUAGUGAAAGUCAGUGAAAUAUUACAGAAAGAUAUCAUGAGUGAAGGUAAGGCCAUUGCAGGUAAAGAGAGACCCUCAGAGGAUGAAUGGGAGGAAUUUUCCAAAGAUGAGAUUGAGGAGGCACAAAGAAGUACCCUCACAGACUAUUACCCACUGUUUGAUGAAAACACGCUCCUUCUCAAGCACCAAUCCAUGUCAAGCAAAGACCUAGAGUUAGCUAAAGUAGUAGACUUUUUAACAAAUGACUUUGGUGCUAAUUCUCUCUCCAAAAUGACAGAGUUGAAAUGUAAGUAUGAGGAGGCGACAAAAAGGGAAGGGGAGGAAAAACAAAAACGUGUUCUUAAACCAUCUAUGUCGAUACAAGAGCACAAACUCAAAAUGCCUCCACCAGUCUCAGGCAUGCUCAGAUCUCCCUCAGAGAAGGACCUAAGCAAACUUGCUGAGUCAUAUCAGGGGUCUGAGACUAUUUUGGAAUCACCUGAGGACCUGUCUCAUGAGCAGGAUAAAAGUCCCCUGUCAGACAGCGGGUUUGAGACCAGGAGUGAAAAGACACCCUCUGCUCCUCAGAGUGCAGAGAGCACAGGACCUAAGCCCUUAUUCACAGAUUCACCCAUCCCUCCCUGUGUGACUGAGACCAGGACUGAAGUGGUCCACAUUAGGAGCUAUGAGCAGCCUGACGAUCCUUGUGAGCCUCUCCUGAUGGAGGAGGCAGCAUCUGCCCCUCCUUCUAUAGAGCCAGAUCCAGCUUCAAUAAGCUCUACCAAAGCCCUACAGAUGAAAAUGCCGGAAGAGGACUCCAUGAUGAACAAAAGUGUGUGUCUUAAAGAGGAAACUCAUAUCACCACUACCACUAGAAUGGUGUAUCACAAGCCACAACUGACUGAUGGCGCAGAGAUUAGAGAGGAGGGUAUGUCGGUCAGUGAUAUCAUGAAAGCUUUCCAGUCAGGUAGGGACCCAUCUAAAGAACUGGCAGGCCUUUUUGAACACAAGGCUAGCCAGGAUUCUGUCAAAGGUGAUGAGCUGACUCCUAGAUUUCUAGAUAGAGACAUUAAAUCCAAACCUAAAGUCGAGAGGAUAAUUGAGGUUCAUAUCGAAAAGGGCCACAGCACAACAGAGCCAACUGAGGUUAUUAUCAGGGAAACCAAAAAACACCCUGAGCUUUAUGUCUACAAGGGGGACCGUGGAAUUAGGGAACUUACUGAUUACGAUGAGGCCCAACAGGAAGAAGAGGAGCUCACUGCUGAAGAAUCCCUGCCCUCCUUCCUAGAAACAUCUCGCGUUAACACCCCAGUGUCACAGGAGGAAGACAGUCGCCCAAGUUCUGCUCAAUUGAUGGCAGAUGAUUCAUAUAAAGCCCUGAAACUGUUGAGCCAGCACUCUAUAGAGUACUGUGAUGAUGAGCUGUCAGAGAUCAGAGGCGAGUCGUAUAGGUUUGCUGAGAAAAUGCUACUGUCAGAGAAACUUGAUGUGUCUUCAAUGUCUCACUCUGACACAGAGGAUUCAGCAAUGAUGACUGACAAGAGCCGGCACCUAAUUCAUGAGGAGAAUGGUAGCCGUGGCGCUGAGAGCAUGAGUCAGCAGCAAGGAAGCCCCAAAAGAGAGUUUGUCUCCAAGUCAUCAAAAGAUGGGUCCCCUAAAUCUGGUAAAUUCUUGCACAGGGAGGAACCAUCUCCGUUUGAUAAAGUGACAGUGCUCCAUUACUCCACAGAUCAGGGCAGCCCCAAGCAUGCUGUUUGGAUGCGAUUUACAGAGGAUAAACAUGACAGAAGCAGGGAUAAGCUCCUUUAUGAGGAUAGGGUGGACCAAACUGUAAAGGAAGCUGAAGAAAAACUCUGUGAGGUAUCUCAGUUCUUCCGUGACAAAACAGAGAAGCUCAAUGAUGAGUUGCAGUCCCCUGAGAAAAAGCCAAUGAGACGAGAGGUAAAGGAACCCAGAUCCUGGCCUAGCUCAGCAUGCAGUAGCCCUGAGAAAACGCAGCAGAAAUCUAAGGCAGGAGAAGAGGUGUUCAGUAAAAGCAAACUCAGGGAGCCUUCGGUUGUUAAAAUGUUUGGGAGCACCCCAACAACUGAAAAGAAAAGCUCUAGCUUACCAAGCAGCCCCCAGAAGAGCGUUCUCUCUCAUACCAGUGACGAUAAAAUUAAACAACAAACUAAGACAAGUGAAUCUGCACCCUCUUCUCCUGCUCAUGUAAAAUCAACAUCGAAAGUCAGUGCUGUGAGGAUGAAGUUUGAAUCUGAGGCUCAGAAACAAAGUCAGUCUAGUCCAACCAAAGUUCCUCCUCCAGUGCAGCCAAAACCUUCAAUAAAGAAAUUACAGGAGAGCAAACUUCCCGUUUAUCAGUUUUUUGCAGGAGGAAAAGCAUCAAAAGUGUCUGAAGCAUCAGAAGAUGAAACCUUUAAAAAGGAUGUUGAGCAGGAUAAAUGUGAUGCCACAGACAGCAGUAAACCUGCUGUGAUAUCAACAUCCAAAGCCCCAAAACAUAUAGGAGAAAAACUGCCGAACAAAAAUAUCCCAGAGGCCUCGUUGCGAAGACCAAUUAGUGAAACUGAGAAUGACAAAGCAACUGCUAAAGGGAAAGAUGUCCAUUCCAGUGUUACUCAGGAAUUUAAAGAAAGCAAUAAAGUCCAGAAAGUUCAGACAUCUAUUGUUCAUGAUGCUGUUAGAUUACUAGAGAAAGAGAGUGAUGCUAAAAAAUACCAACAAAUUACAAAAAGUGAGUCUGCUUCCAAAGAAGUAAUAGCUGAGCUGCCCAAAAAAGAUGGCGAGGAACCACUAAACAAAAAUCUCAGAAAAAAGACAGAAUCUCAAAUUCCUAUAAGAACAGCAUCCUCUACUUUAGAUAAUGACCUCACAAAGAAACAGACAAUAAUUAAACCUUCACAGAUACCUACAUUAUCUAAAAGCAAAAUACAGAUGAGUCUUGAGACAACCCCAGCAAAAACAGAUGAAAAUCUAACCUUUGAAAUUCUAGAUAAUGCACCCAAAGACUCCAACUCCAAUAAUCUUCCUAGCCCUAGAGAAAUGCUGGAAAAUGUCAUAAACCCUCCAGCUGCUACAACAACCAAAGAGAACUUCAAGGGCAUCAAAACAUUACCUGUUUAUGUCGGUGUUCAGGUGGGCAGGCAGGCAGAGAGGGAGGCCAAAGGAGCACUGUACACAGUCAAACAGAAAUCAAACUCAGCAAUCAGCCCCAUAAGCCCAGAUGAUGACACACUAGAACAGGUGUCUUUCAUAGACAGCUCAGGGAAAAGCCCCCUUACACCAGAGACCCCCAGCUCUGAGGAAGUCAGCUAUGACCUCACAGUCAGGACACCUGAUGGCUUUAUGGGAUUCAUGCCAGGGAAACCCAGUCCCAUCCUGGAGGUAUCUGAGGAAUCAGAGGAGGAUGACCAAGGCAAAGUUUUUUUCUCUUUUAAAGAGGCCCUGCCAGAAAGGAAAACUGAUAUUCAUGCCACCCAAGCAGACCUUGCUAAUGCUAAUAAGCAAGAAACAGAAAUGAAUGAUAACCUGCAGGAAUUAACAAAUAGAUUCAAUCAGCAAGUAACAACAGCCAAUGGCGAGUAUGAGGAAAUUACAGGCCAGGAGCAUCAAGAAGUUUCAAAAGACAAAGGUAUCGCAUAUAUUGAAUUCCCUCCCCCUCCUCCUCUGGACUCAGCUUCAGAAAUUUCAGACCCAGAAAGGAAAGGUUCCUGUGCCUCUUCAGAGACUGAGACAGAAAUGAUGGAAGUAAACUUACAGGAAGAACACGACAGGUAUCUGCUGACUGAGCCAAUUAUACGAAUCCAACCCCCUUCCCCGGUGCCUCCUGGGGAAGAUGACAGUCAGUCAAACGGUGAUGAAGGAGAUGAUGAUGAGUCAAUCUUUCAACCAAUUCCUUGCAAGAAAUUUACUUUCAAAGUUCCUGAGGAGGAAGAGGAAAAGAAGAAAGAUAAGGAAAAGGCGACUAAAUCCAAAAAACAUGACAAAAAUGGAAACAACAAAGAACUUAAUGGUGGGACCAAUGGCUCCAAUGGUUCUUAUGGCUCCAAUGGCUCCAAUGGUUCCAAUGGUUCUAAUGACAAAGGAGAGGACUAUGAAUAUGAACAAAAUGGAAAUGAUCAAUCGAUAACAGACUGUUCAAUAGCCACAACAGCUGAAUUUUCUCAUGACACAGAUGCAACGGAGAUAGACUCCCUAGAUGGAUAUGAACUUCAGGAUGAGGAUGAUGGCCUGUGUGAGCAGGCAGAUUUACGGUUGUUUGGUCUUCCAGACAGCCGAAGAGAUGUCUGGGCAACAGACACUUUUAGGUCCACUGACCGCUCUUUUCCCCAGACCAAACUUGAAGUUAUUGAAGAGGAGAAAACCCCAGAAGAAUGUCAAAAGGACACUUUCAAAAAAGAUACCCCUUCAAAUGGUGGUAAACCUGAUGCUGUUAGUAAAGAUGGGGUUACAAGUCAGGAACAAAAACCCUCAGAUAAAGAGGGAUUUUCAGACACUUACUUUAGUUAUAAGUUAGAGGAGGAGUUUAACUCUCCCUUUAAGACUGUUGCCACUAAAGGGCUGGACUUUGACCCCUGGUCCAGUAAAGGUGGAGAAGAAGAUAUCGUUGACAUGGGAGGGACACGGGGAAGCAAUGGUGAGCCUAAGCCUUUUGGACUAGCAGUGGACGAACAGUCUCAGGCUACGACACCAGACACUACCCCAGCCCGAACACCAACAGACGAUAGUACGCCGACAAGCGAGCCAAAUCCAUUCCCCUUCCAUGAAGGGAAGAUGUUUGAGAUGACACGCAGUGGUGCGAUUGACAUGAGCAAGAGGGACAUGGUGGAGGAGAGGCUCCAGUUUUUUCAGAUUGGUGAGCAUUACUACUCGGCGGGCAGGUACAGUGUCAGAGAAUCAGAGGUAGACGCCUCCUCACAACACAGGGAUCAGUUUAGUACUCAGGAUCCCACAGAUACCUCAAUAGUUCCUCAAGUCUCCAUUCAGACUACCACUGUCCAGUUAGAAAUAUCAAAUAUGGCUGGCAGUUACAGCACAUGCAGAGACUCAACUUCUAACACUGAGCCUUCAUUCUCCACUUUUAGAACAGGAUUCAAGUUGUCAUCUGAUAAAACUUAUGAUGCAUCAAAUAACAGUUCUAAAUGUAGAACAACAGGCACCUUUGAUAAUAUAACCUCAGGAUCAACUGUAGAUAGUUCUUACUCUGUAACCUCAAACUACACAGAUUGUGCUAAUUUGAAUACAUCAGGCAUGACAGAUUAUUAUUCAAAUCACAGAAUUCCUUCAGGUAUGUCCAAACAGAACGACCAUUUGGAUUGGAUCUCAAAAAAUCAGAACACUUGUUACCAAAGCACAGAUCAUUCUUUCGCACCUUCACAACAGAUAAGCAAUCCCCAAACAUGGAGCAGCAAUACCAGUAGCAACAUCCCUGUUUCCCAUUAUGUCCAUUCAGAUGUCGCUCAGGCUGGCAGUAUUGUGUUUAACAUGUUGUCCUCCUCGGGACUGCAGGAGAUCAGCAGGAUAGAGGCGUCCUUCAACCAGCUAGAGGUGAACAGCAGGGAAGGCAGGGUUUGUCCUAAUGUAGCAAUAACAAACACGGCAGCCAAAGAGGUCAAACCCCAGAUAUGCAAGUCCAGGUUACCAGUGAGGGUGCACAGAAGCAAACUAUGCAGCCAAAGUCGAACAAUAGUGAAAGACAAGGCACAAGAAAAUGCUGAUAAACUCAAAGUCAGGGAACAUGCAAUGCAUAAAGUCAGGGAAAGAUUAGACCCUUUUGAGAAUUUAUUUCCUAAAUCUAGAAUCCCAGUGAUGAAAGCCAUUAAAUACCCCUCUUUUUCCCGGGAGCAGAAGCAGGUUAGAACCAAAUCUGCAGUUAGUGACACAAGCAUUAAAACUAGCAGGGGUAAUAAACUGCUAACUAAAAGCAGAUCCAGCACUGAACAAAGAUAUAGUUCAGUGAAAACCCCAAGAAGAAGUAGCACAAAUGAAACUGGGAGAAAAAGCAGUGUAGUGAUCUCAAAAAACUUUAAAACAAGGUCUAUCACUAGCCAGGUAGCCAUCCCUAUGGACCAAACCAUUCCCAAGGAGGCUGACACAAAGUUAGAGGGGAAAACACUGCCCACUGAGGACGAAGAGAGCUGCAGCCUCAGCACUACCAGGAACACUUCCCUGUCAGAACCAUCUAAAGCUUCUAGAAGUUCCUGCCCUUCACGCACCUCUACCUCCACCUCCACCACCACAUCAACACCAUCUGCUAGAGAUGUGAAAGCUGAGGUUGAGCAGGCCAGCAGUGAGAGGAUGAGGAGGAGCAGGAGGAAGAGUAGGCGGACACAUGGAGGGAAGGAGCAGAAGGAGGAAGGGAGUCAGGUUGAUCAACCAAUCACGGCUCCUGUCACGGAGAACGAGACUAGCCCUCAGAGUCCCUGUGAGAGAACAGACCUCCGCAUGGCAAUAGUAGCUGACCACCUCGGGCUCAGCUGGACUGAGCUGGCCAGGGAGCUUGAUUUCUCUGUGGAUGAGAUCAACUUCAUCAGAGUGGAGAACCCCAAUUCCCUGACAGCACAGAGCUUCAUGCUCCUAAAGAAAUGGGUGCACAGGGAUGGUAAAAAUGCCACAACGGACGCUUUAACUGCGGUGCUGACUAAGAUCAAUCGGUUGGAUAUUGUGACUUUGCUGGAAGGGCCCAUAUUUGACUACGGUAACAUUUCAGGCACACGCUGCUUUGCCGAUGAUAACGCAGUAUUCCCGGAUCAGUCCGAUGGAUACCACAAUAUAGAUCUGGAGCUGCAAACCCCGACAGAACUGAACUACGAGCCCCCCACCCCGCUGCGCUCAGACGACUUCUUUAGCGAGGGUGAUGCUAGCUUAGAUUCCCCUAGCAAGACCACGCUUACUAGACCUAGCGACCUUUCUCUCACUCAGACCACCAGUACCAUCAGCAGCGACCCCCUCACAGUCGCCCCAGCCCCGGGCCCCUGUGGCUCGGUGCCCCCCAUUGUUGGGGCAGAAGAUACAGCCUUAACCACAGGAGAAAAAGUGGAAGAUAAGCUGGUUUCUUAUGAGAGGCCGGAUAAUGACAGAAGGGCGGUGGAGAAAUCAGGAACAGAAGAACUGAAGGCAGGGCCAGUUGUUGGUUUGGAGAGAAACCAAAAAGAAGAUGCAGUCUCAGAUGUUGCUCAAGGAAAUGGAAGGCGGGAAGAAGAGGAGGAGGAAGAAGAAGAAGAGGAGAUGACCCAGGAGAGGCUGCAGAGUCUGCUGGAGGAUAUAAAGCUGGAGGGAGGCUUGGAGGACGAGGAGAUGACAGAGGAGAGGGUGAAUGCCAUCCUCGAACAAGUACGGCAAGCAGAAAAAGUCAUGUGUUCAGUUCCAGGUUGGAGAGGCGAGAUGUCCGACACGAUCGCAGAGUCAUCACUGCAUGGCACCCAGGAGGGCAGCCCUGAUUCGAUGGAGCAGCCCCAGGCUCAGGCUGACAGACAGAAUGGAGGUCAAACUGACGCAGCCUGGGAAGGGAAGGAAAAGGAGGCCAAGAAGAAGGGAUCUCAGGAGGACGGCAGCACAGCGGGACCAAGCAGAGGACGGGAGGAGGGAGGCGACAGGUCCCAGCACAAAGUCCAGGGGCGUGUCAGAGCUGAAGAGUCCGGCUCUGACGAGGAGACCACUGUCACCACCAGGGUGUACCGCAGACGGGUCAUACUGAAGGGAGAGGAGGCCAAAAACAUUCCUGGAGAGUCUGUGACGGAGGAGCAGUUCACAGAUGAAGACGGGAAUCUGGUCACCAGAAAAGUGAUCAGGAAGGUGGUGCGCCGUGUGUUCAACUCUGAGGAGAGGAGGGAAAGUGAAAGCGAAACUGUUACAGAAGAAGGAGCUGGUGCUGGUGGUGUUGGUGGUGGGGUAGCAGAUGCUCCUUCAGCAGGAGCAGCAGCAGCAGCAGCAGGAGGAGGAGGAGGAGGAGGAGGAGCCUCAGGGGGGAAGGGCAAGAGGAGAGGGAAGCGCUCCCGACAGGGCCACAAGGCUGAGAAGUCUGGAGAGGAGGCCCAGAGAGGGAAAAAUGAGCCUGGAGACGGCGCCAACAAGAAACAAGGGAAGAGGAGUCAGUCAUAACAGUGGAGCUCUCAACUGAAUCUGGUCCACCUGCGACACCACACAAACACCCUGGGAGGAAAAACGGACUGGAGCCCCUGAAAACGAAGAAGCCUCGUCAAUCAAGCCGAAACGUGUCUGAAGCUUUCACUUUAACAACGCAUGUUUUUCAGCAAGACGACGCAACAAGUUACUUUUCUUUGAUUUCGCAUGAGCAUGUCACCAAAACUCACUCACUGUCGGAAACAACACGGAGGGGCACGGAGGGACACGCAUGGACGUGAGAGCUGGAACUGUCUUUAGACGGAUGGAAGGCGUCUGCGACCAAAGACAAGACGCAAAUAUGGAAUUAAACAAAAAAAAGCAAAAAAAAAAAAAGAAAACUGCUGACAGAAAAGGAAGACUUGUGAUUCAAUCUCUCUCAGACACUCGCCUUAUAUGGUCUAUUUUUUCCUCCUGGACCCACAGUACUGGGCUUGUACCAUGUGGUUCUUUUUUAAAAAAUGAAAUAUAAUGGUAAAUGGGUGAUUUUUUUUGUUGUAUAUAAAUGACAUUGUAUAAAAAUCUUUAAAAAAAAAAAAAAUCAGUAGCUUCACAGAUUGUUUAUGCACUGAUUUUAAGUUGAUGAAGCUUUGCAGAGUCGGUGCAUUUGUAUUGAGAGGUCGACACUGUUUGAGCAGCCUUGAGUGUGUGACCUGACAUGCUCUUCCUUACUGAAUAUAAAAAGGAACAAAACAGCUGUAUGUAAAUGAGACGUGAAUGGAGAUUUAAAAAAAAAAACAAACAACUGCUUGAUUUUAAACAAAGGACGUUUCUUUAAAGCCAACAGCUACUUCCGCUCCGUCUGUGGAACAUUGUCUUUAGAGAAAUUAUAUUUUGCUGCAUGUAACGUCACUUUAUUUUAACGCUUUUCUUUUUGUUUCUCCUAAUUCAAAAGCACUGUAACACAAUUAGAGAGGGUCUGAUGGUACUUUUGUCUGUGUGAGCACUCAAAAUAACACCAAACAUCUGUUGUCUAUUACUGUUUUUAUUUUUUUUUCUACAGAACACACACUCCACACUCAAGUGGCAAGAUUCAUUCUUAUGCUUCAGGGCGGUACUGAGUGUCCCUGAAUGUAACCUGCCGACUGCAUUAACUCCAAACUGCUAGCAGCCCCCCCGCCCCAUAUGUGUGUGUACGCACGUGUGUGUGUGUGUGUGUGUAACAUCAAAUAAAACCUGUCUAUCUGUACACCCAUCAGGCAUACUACAAGUGUAAGAUAUGGCUUUUAGGUCUGCUGUGGUUUUACAAAGGGGACUGCUUUUAUUUUGACAGUUUGAUGAUUUUUAUCUUUAUUUAAUUGGUUGUAAUUACAUUAGAACAGAGGAUCUAAUUUUUAGCCCCUGUCACCCAAAUCUGGUUGUUUUUACCAAUGGGUAAAAAAAAAAAAAAAAAAAAAAUCACAACAAUGAAUCACAGAAUUGAUCACACAUUAAAAAUCAGAUGUUCUGUUCCUGUGUAAAUCUGUUUUUUUUUUCAUUUGUCUUUUUUCAUACAAAACCACCCUAAGCAUCCAUUGUUGAUAAUAAAUCUGGUACCAAAAUGUAUGACGAACCAACAUAGCCUACACUGGAUGAUCCAAGUAAUUAUUUAAGCAGAAAAAUAAAUUGUGUUUAAACUGAAAA